AUGGCCUACUUGGGGAUUGAGACGAGGAGUCCAACAACAAGACAUGAGCGUCUUUCGUCGAACACAGAGCCGCUAAAUCAGGAAGAAGAUGUUUUACCGAUAGCCAGCAAAGACAUACAACCACGACAGAGCGCAACACCCAAGAGCAACACGAUUACUUCCACGGGGAGCAAAGAGCCUGCUCCUAUGAGGAGCGAACCCGUCGCUCCUCAGAAGUUCAUACCCACCCCGUUGGAGAAGAGCAACCCGCUGGGUGCAGGCAAUGACGAAGAUGGCACGACAGAGGGCACACAACGAUCGCAUUCUACAAUCGUCACCAAAGCCCCCUCACCAGUACUAUCGCCAGCCUUCUCCGGGACCGACAAGACCGUUCUGAAGAGCGGCCUAGCUCAUGACGCAGCCUCCGAGGACGACUCUGCUUGUUGCUGCUGCCUCCAGUUCGUUGACGAUCCGUCACGGAAGCUGGAGCUCUACGGCUUACAGUUUUGGUUCAACCCGCGCGGAUGCUCGACGAGGUUCAAGAAGGCCAUAAUCGAUAUCCUGCUGGUGAUUCAGCUGGCCAUUGGUGCCGCCUUGACCGCGCUGUCGAGCCAGGGCAACCAGACCAGUAGGCCGUCCAACGAAAACCGUCUGUUGACUGCUGUGACGGUCUUGAGCGCCAUAAACACUGCCGUGUCGGGCUUGAUAGCGCUGCUGAGAGGGAGGGAUAUAAUAGGUAAUCUCAAGUUCUGA